AUGUUGGCGUGGAGGUGGCGUGGAGGUUGCGUGGAGGUGGCGCGGAGGUGGCGUGGAGGUGGCGUGGAGGUGGCAUGGAGGUGGCGUGGAGGUGGCGUUGAGGUGGCGUUGAGGUGGCGUAUGUUGGCGUGGAGGUGGCGUGGAGGUGGCAUGGAGGUGGCGUGGAGGUGGCGUGGAGGUGGCGUUGAGGUGGCGUAUGUUGGCGUGGAGGUGGCGUGGAGGUGGCGUGGAGGUGGCGUGGAGGUGGCGUUGAGGUGGCGUAUGUUGGCGUGGAGGUGGCGUGGAGGUUGCGUGGAGGUGGCGUGGAGGUGGCGUGGAGGUGGCGUUGAGGUGGCGUAUGUUGGCGUGGAGGUGGCGUGGUGGUGGCGUGGAGGUUGCGUGGAGGUGGCAUGGAGGUGGCGUGGAGGUGGCGCGGAGGUGGCGUUGAGGUGGCGUAUGUUGGCGUGGAGGUGGCGUGGAGGUGGCGUGGAGGUGGCGUGGAGGUGGCAUGGAGGUGGCGCGGAGGUGGCGUGGAGGUGGCGUGGAGGUCGCGUUGAGGUGGCGUUGAGGUGGCGUGGCGUGGAGGUGGCAUGGAGGUGGCGUGGAGGUGGCGUUGAGGUGGCGUAUGUUGGCGUGGAGGUGGCGUGGAGGUGGCAUGGAGGUGGCGUUGAGGUGGCGUAUGUUGGCGUGGAGGUGGCGUGGAGGUGGCAUGGAGGUGGCGUUGAGGUGGCGUAUGUUGGCGUGGAGGUGGCGUGGAGGUGGCGUGGAGGUGGCAUGGAGGUGGCGUGGAGGUGGCGUUGA